CAGCAUCCCUCCCGCCGCAGUGCCCGCAGCGCCGGCGCCGGCCCGCAACACCGGCCGGGGCGGCGGGGAGGAAAAGGGGGGGGCUCGGGGGCGCCGGUACCACCCCGGAGGAUGGGGGUCUUCCCCACCAGGAGAAGAAGGCUGCGCACCUAAGAGAGGAGGGGGACGGGUACGGAUCCUCCUGGUCAUCUGAUCCAGGUCAAGAAGGACUUUGCGUUGCCCACAGCCCGUGGAACCCACCAGAGCAUCAUCUCCCCAGGGCCUGCUGCCGCCCCCCAGGAGGGAGGCUCUUUCAAUCCCUGGAGGAUUGAGAGGCUGGCCCCCCCGUCCCCAGCAGUCCAUGGACCACCACCCAGCAUGAGCGCCGACACCGAGCAGCUCCCGGCAGGGGCUCAAGCAGCCAGCGUGCCCCUCUGGACCGUAUCCAGCUGGGCCGCUUCCGAGGUGCCCCCCAACACCAGUGCAGCUGCAGGGGGGGCUGGCCGGCAGCAGGGGCAGGCGGAGUGGGGCAGCAAGCCGGGGGAGAUCGUGGGCAUGGUGGUGAUCCAGUGUAUCUACGCCCUGGUGUGCCUGCUGGGGCUGCUGGGCAACUCCCUGGUGAUCUUCGUCAUCCUGCGCUACGCCAAGAUGAAGACAGCCACCAACAUCUACCUGCUCAACCUGGCCAUUGCUGACGAACUCUUCAUGCUCAGCAUCCCCUUUGUGGCCACCUCAGCAGCCCUGCACCACUGGCCCUUUGGCCGGGCCCUGUGCCGCACCGUGCUGGGCGUUGACGGGCUAAACAUGUUCACCAGCGUCUUCUGCUUGACCGUCCUCAGCCUGGACCGCUACAUCGCCGUGGUGCACCCGCUACGGGCAGCCACCUACCGCCGUCCUCGGGUGGCCAAGAUGGUCAACGGAGGCGUGUGGCUCCUCUCCUUGUUGGUGGCUUCGCCCAUCCCCAUCUUCGCCGGUACGGCAACCACCCGCGACGGCCAAGCAGUGGCCUGCAACCUCCUGUGGCCAAGCCCGGCCUGGUCAGCCGCCUUUGUGGUCUACACCACCUUGCUGGGCUUCCUGCUGCCGGUGCUGGCCAUGGGGCUGUGCUACCUGCUGAUCGUGGGCAAGAUGCGGGCAGUGGCCCAGCGGGUGGGCUGGCAGCAACGCCGGCGCUCUGAGGGCAAGCUGACCCGCUUGGUGCUGAUGGUGGUGGCCAUGUUUGUGGUCUGCUGGAUGCCCUUCUACGUGGUGCAGCUGGUCAACCUCCUACUGCCCGGACGCCUGGAUGCCACCAUCAACAACGCCUCCCUCAUCCUCAGCUACUCCAACAGCUGCGCCAACCCCAUCCUCUACGGCUUCCUCUCCGAAAAUUUCCGGCACUCCUUCCACGGCGUCCUGCGCCGCUGCCUCGAUGCCAGCCUCUGCUGCUGCCAGGCUGGGGAGGGGGCCAGGGAGGAGGAGGAGGAGGAGGAAGAGCCCCUCGACUACUGCGCCACUCCCCGGGGGGACGACAAGGGCAAGGGCUGCAUGUGCCCACCCCUGUCCUGCCAGCAGGAGCCUGUGCACCCCGAGCCCUGCUGUAAGCCCGGACCCCUCCUCACAAAGACCACCACCUUCUAGGGUGCCCCCACACCUCACCAGCCCCUGCACAGGCAUCUCCACCAAGGCAUGGGCAAAGGGGACCCCGGCCGGAGAGAGGGCAAACAAAGUCCCCAUGCCACCGGUCCCCACUUGUGCUGUGCAGUUCAACAAAAUAAAAAGCCAUAAGACUGGCCCCGUGAUACAGUUAAUUAAGUCGACUGAGUAAUUUUUGCUGUUACCUUCGGCAGCAAGGAGCCUUCCCUGGGAUCGGGGAUGGUGAGGAUUCCCAAAGGUGUUAGUGACCAGUGACCAGCCACGGGGCACGUGCCCCUCCGGAACAAGAAACCACAAACCUCCUGUUCCUUCCCGAGACUUGCUCUGAAAGAUGGAGAACAGUCCCAAAAAUCCAUCAGCCCCGCUGCCUCCAGCAGAGUGAGGGGGUAGGGCUGGACUGGACUUCUACAUCAGCUCUGCAGGGCGUGGAGAGCACAGGAUCAAUUUGAGCCCUUUGGUAUUCCUCUUAUGUUAAAAAAAAAAAAAAAAAAAAAAAAAAAAAAAAAAAAAAAAGAAAAAGAAAAGAAAAAAAAAGAGGGGAUGUUUGUGAACAGCUGAGAUCAGAGCCUGAGAGUACGCAAACUAAACCUUGGUAGGUGGUGCCAGGGAGUCAGCUAAUGGAGAAAGGAGAAAACUUCGGUCCCACCAAGAAACCCCAAAUUCCCAGGCAAAGGGAUUUUAGCACACACACACGAACAAAAAGAUACUUUUCACAAGAAAACCCAGGAGAACCAAAUCUCACUCUCUUUGCCACACGUAAACAACCAACGGUUCCAUAGAAACUUGAGCUGAAGAACAGCACUGGGGCUAUACCAGCUGGGCCACGCUGAGGUAGCGUUAAAAUAGCCAUUUCCAGCUUAUUUCAUUUUAACUUUGUCCUUUUCAUGUUAUUCUUCUUCUCCAUUAUUUAUGGCUCAUUCCUUCUAUUUUAAUCACACUGGUGAAAAAACCAGCAGGGCAAUGUUUCCAGCCUGACGCGCUGCUAAGAGCCCCAGCUCCUUCUUUUUUUUUUUUGUUGCUCCAGCAUGGUUUGUGAGUUCUGGAGCUUCGGCUGCUGGGCUGGUGCUCAGUGAGGAAAAACCAGUCAUUUUUAGGGAGGGGGAGAAAGAAUAUUUCAUUAGCAGCCUUCUAUAAACCAGACUGUAAAAGCUUUAUUGGUCUUACACACAAAAUCACCAUGUGAUUGUGCACUGCAUAGGGUAUAUUUCCAAUAAAUAAAUAAGUAUUUACAAA